UUGCAAAACGGGGCGGUCCCGCAACGAGGACGAUCGAUGGUCGAAAAGCAGACACCGCCAGUGGGGACGAAGCCCCUCAUGGUGUCCAUGCGGGAGAUGGAUACGCUCGGAUUGAAGACCGGGCCGGGGCUGAAGGACACCAUCGACUUCAAAGAAUUCGACAGGCAAACGAUCCUGGACGAGAUCGCCAAGGUCGGGUUCAUGUGCCCGUUCCAUGAACAUCGAGCUGAAAUCGCCAAGCUCGAGAUUCCACAGCUACUUUUGGUCGCGGACCGAGAUGAAGUGUACGGGGAAAACUGGCUCCUUUGUGUUCGCCAAGUAGGCUACGAAGGCCAAAUGGCCGUGAUCGCGCAGCGCCAAGCAGCAAUUGAAGCAGCUAUCGCCGAAAGCAAAAAUGCAGCUAGUGCUGAAGACGAACUCCUUACAGUCGUUUACGAGGACAAACCCAUCGUUCCAAGGCCAUGGGACUCGACUUCUGCCGACGACUCGCACGAACAAGUCCGGCUCCUCACCAUCCACCCGACCCGCGCCAUCAUCUCAAUGUCGGUAACCCGCCGCGCAGAAGAGUUCAACGCAGACUACAAGUUCAGCGACCGCGAUGCCGACCAAUGUUUUGUCGAGUGUCGCCAACACAAAGAUCCCAACUACGACUUGACGCGGAUGGAGCAAGAUAUCGGCCUCCAGGGCAUCCCUGACCUCAUUGACAACACAACCCAAACGUCAUGGUUUCGCGCGGUGAAUUCGACCCUUCAGUACGAGCCGAUCAAGGUGGCGUGCGAGCUGCGAGAACGCGAGAUGCAAUCGAAUCGCAUGCAAACGUUUCUCGCAAAAGUACUGCCGCGGAUGGAAGAAGCGCUCCAACAAAACGAAACCCUUGACAUUUUCUUGGAUCCGCUGGCAAUCCUAGCCGAGGAGGAGAUGGCCACGGGGCAGCACAAGACGGACAACAAUAUCAAGGAGCUGCGGACGUUCACGGACCUCAUCUACUCGAAAAACAAGACCCUGCCAUCCAUCGACUGGCAUCCCAAGAAAUCUGGCGUCGUCGCCGUCGCCGCAGCGACGAAUUCGUCCUUUUCGAAACGCGCCGACGCCACCGACAAGGUGGACGGAUCGUACAUCCUGCUGUGGAACUUUGCCGAUCUCAUCCAUCCCCAGCUCAUGAUGGAAGCCCCCCAAGACGUCAUGGCGGUCAAGUUCAACCCGACCCAGCCUGGCAUCGUCGUGGCGGGGCUUUUCAACGGCCAAGUGUGUGUGUGGGAUAUAUCGAAAGCCGAGGGACACAUCUCAAAGAAGAAGGCAAAGAGCACCGGAGGAACUGGAGCACACGACGCCCCGAAAGAAGAUGCACACAAAACCAUGCCGCCCGUCAAACCCAUCUACGUGUCGUACAUUGACUGGAGCCAUCGGCGGCCGGUCGCGGACUUGCACUGGCUCCCACCCGGGCUCGAAGUGAACAACCGCGGUCACUUGACGUCGACGCAGGAUCCACUGAGUCACCAAUUUGUUACGAUUGCCGGCGAUGGCCAAGUGUGCUUCUGGGACCUGAGGUUCAAAGACCCAAAGUACCGCAUGCUCAACCACGGCCGCAUCAAGCAAGACAAGUCGCAACUGAAAGCGUCCAAAGAUGGAAAGGACGCCGCGCCUGCUGAAGUUCUCUUUACGCCGCUGUACUCGAUCACGUUGACCAAAGUCGACGGCGCGGGAGAGCUCGGGCUCAAGUGCAUUGCCAUGGAGCGCACGAGCAACGAACAGCCGUCCUCGCGCUUCUACUGUGGAACGGAAGAAGGGGAACUUGUGUUGGCCGACUGGCGACCCCACGCAUCCAAGGACGAAGACUCGUCCACCACCAACCAGAACAAUGGCGACGACAGCGUCGAGUACGUUCAAUGGUCGUGCCACGAUCACUUUCGCACGACCGUCGGGCUCAGUCGGUCGCCGUUCUUCCCGUACAUACUUUUGACUGUGAGCGAGUCCAACUUUCACAUUUGGAACGUUGGUCCGCACAGCACCGGGACCGCUUCGUCCAACACCCCCAUAUUCAUCUCGCCGUUCUCGCUCGCGCCCCUCACGUGUGGGUGCUUCUCUCCCACGCGGCCAGGUGUCAUCUACAUUGGCAAGUCGGAUGGCGUCCUCGAAGUAUGGGAUCUCUUGGAUCAGUCGCAUCGAGCGUCGUUCUCGUCAAGUAUCGCGGCAUGCUCGCUGACAACCCUCGAGUUUCGAUCUGCCGUUCCAGCGAUACCGACCGCCAACCCUCCUGGUCCUGCAGCCAACAACGCUGCCAAUGCCACCACCAACACCAACAAGACCAACAACGCCUCCGUUGCCGCGCAGCAGCCCCCCAAGCAACAACUCCUGGCAGUCGGCGACCUCAAUGGAAAUUUACAUAUUCUGGAAGUACCCCGCACCCUGUCAAGGGGCUCGGCAGGCGAACGCGGCGUGAUUGAAACGUACUUCAAGCGAGAGAUUGUUCGUGUCAAGGCCGUGCUCGAGUACGCAGACAUGGCCGCCCGGAACGCCACCGCUGCGCUCAACAACGCGCAAGCCGCGCCCGCCGUUGCAUCGACCGCAUCGACGGGGGCAAAACCAGCCACUGACGCCGACGACGAUUUGUUCCGAAAAAUGGAGAAGGAGUUCAAGGCCGAGCUAGGUAUUGAAGACCACGUUGGUGACCACCUUGGCAAGAAAGGGUAGCGUCUUAUACCGCACAACAAAACCACUGAUUCAGG